ACACCAUCAAGCAGCUUAAGGAGGAGCUAAAGAGCAUCGAAGAGUCUGAAAACCUUUGCAUGUCCUUCACUGACUGGCUCAGCUCCACUCAGAAAAGCUUCACAGCGUUAACUGACACUUCUGAACCCCUGGACCGGGUCGCCAUGGAGAAGAAGAUGAAAAAACUAGAGACUCUCCAGUCUGAGCUCCAACAUGGUCACAGUUUCCUGAAAUCACUGAGGGAGCGAGCAGAGCAGGCAGCAGGCUUCUUGGAUGAGGCCGGAGCUGAGAGUUUAGGAGGGGAGGUAGAGGCUCGUCUUGCCCAGCUGGAGGAACUCGCAGGUGGGCUGAGGCAGGAGCACAGCUUUCUACAGCGGGCGUUACUGCUAGCGAAGGAGUUCCAGGACCGAUAUAAGGCUCAGGCCCAGUGGCUGGUGGAGACCAGGGCUUUGCUCAGCUCCCCUGUGGAGCCCAAGGCUGAACUGUACCAACGGAGAGCACUGCUGGCUAAGUAUAAGGCUCUGUUGCAGAUGGUUCAGUCCCAUGAUGGAUCGAUCAGGUCAGUGGUGGAGAAAGGAGACGCUCUGUUAGCCUCCGUCCACUACCCCUCCAUCAGAGACAAAAUGAACAGAAUGCAAAGGGACUACACCGAACUCUGUCGUACUGCCAUGGCCCAUGUGGAGAAUCUGGAAGGCCAGGUGAAGGAACAGGAAGCUUAUCACAACGAGCUCCAGGAAGUUGAGCGCUGGCUGCUCCAGAUGUCUAGCAGGAUGGUGACUCCUGAUCCCAGUGUGGGUGGCAGCCUGGAGGCAGCCACUCAACAGCUGUCCAGGCACAAGGCCAUCAUGGAGGAAGUAGCGGGCUUUGAAGAUCGUUUGGCAGGCCUGAAGGAGCGAGGAGACCACCUGGUACAAGGCUGCAGUGACCGUGUGCAGAGCAGGCUGAGACAGCAGGUCCAAGCUCACCAGCAAGGCACCAGAGACAGCUACUCUGCCAUCUGUAGCACAGCACAGAGAGUGUAUCAGAGUCUUGACCAUGAAUUACAGAGACAUGUGAGUCUUCAAGACACACUGCUGCAGUGUCAGACAUGGUUGACUUCUGUCUCAGAGGAACCCGAGCCUCCUCCACAUCCUCCUCUCAGCCUGGAGGAGGCGCUACAGCAGGUGAAGCAGGAGCGGGCUCACCAGGAACAGGCCAGCACUUACCUCCAGCUUGUGUGCUCAACAUGUGACCUGUCUGAGCUGAGGGUCAGGGGGACCGCAGCAGCUAUCCAGCAGGUCAAGCUGCAGAUUGAGGAGCGGAUGCUGCUUUGUGAGGAGGUAGCAGACAGUUGGAGGGACAUUGAGGAGCAGAAGGCAGAUCUGGAGGUCCAACUGAGAGAGACAGAGCAGCAACUUCAGAACCUCAUCAGGAGACCUGCAGAGCUGGAGCCCAAGAUUGCACAGAACCAGCUGGACAAGGCACAGGAAUUUCUUCAGCAGAUUAGGGACAGACAGUCUGGGGUAAACCAUUUGAAUGAAGCCGUUGGUAGGCUGACAGAUGGACAGGUCUCUCCUGCUCUGGAGGAGAUAAGGAGACUGAGGAGAAGCUGGAUGGACCUGGGCCAGCGGGCAGAAGAACUGGAGUCUCAGCGGGGGGAGGACAUGCAGCGAAGUGGGGAGUACCAAGAGAGUGUUGUUGCUGUGGAGGAACUCUUCCACCAAGUAUCAAGGGAAUGGGACUACCUCGCCAGGGCUGACACAGAGAGUACAAGUGAGCAUCUAGAGGCUCUGAGGAAGCUCUCCAGUGACCUAGAGGAGCAGAGAGCAACUCUAGAAGACCUCAGAGACCAGAGGCAAGCUAUCCUGCCUCGACUUAGCCUGCUAGACAAGGAGCUGAUCAAGCAACAGGUUGGUCAUUUGGAGCAGCGCUGGACUCAGCUUGAAACCCUGAUUCAACAGAAGAUCCAGGACUCUGCACAGACCCUACAGGAUCUUGACCGGGUUGAAACCCAACUGAGGGAUGCCCGUGAGUGGGUGGAGGAGCAGCAGCCUACAUUUACCUCUGUGCUGAAAACCAGCCCACCCCCCGAUCUGGCCCAGAGUUUCCUGUUUGAUCACCUGAGUGUGUGCGUAGAACUGGAGGCCCGUCAGCAGCUGCUGGGCCAGGCAGUGAGCGAGGCCCAGGCUGUGGCUUCCAGACUGGGGCUGAGUGAGAAAAGAUUCCUACAGGAGCUUGUUGAGCAAGCCCAGACUGAGGUGGAGGCUCUGGGGGCUCGGGUGGCCCAAAGGAGGAAGUACCUUAGUAAGGCCUUCACAGAGAGGACACAGUUUCUUCAAGGCCUGGGGAGAGCACUGUCUUGGGUACAGCAACAGGAGAGAAGGGCUUUGAUAGAUGACCACAUAGCGCUUCUCCCUGAGGACCUAGCCAAACAGGUUGCUGCUUGUCGGGGCGUCCAGAGUGGUUUACGAGCAUACCAGAGAGAGCUGGCAUCACUCUGGGUACAAGGGCGAGAGCUAGAAAGAGAUGCCACUGACAAAGAGAGAGCAGAAACCCUGGCGAGACUUGAGAAGCUGCAGGCAGUGUUUGAAACUGCCCUCCAGAAUACCACCCAGCGUCUCACAGACUUAGAGAAAGCCUUAACCUCCAGGAAAUACUUCCAGGUUGACCUGGAUAAGACUUGUCACUGGUUGAGACGAGCAGAUGCAAUCACCUUCCCUGAAAUCAAUUUAAGCAACAUUGACGAUAGCUCAGAGUUGCAAACACAACUGUCUAACUUUCAGAAUGUACUAGAACAAGCUUCAGAGUAUGAGAACCUGCUUCUUAUUGUCCAAAGAAUAGGCCAGGAGAUCCUCCCUACUCUGAACGAGAUUGAUCAUUGCUACCUAGAUGAGAGGCUGAAUGCCCUGCCUCAGCAGUAUAAUGCCAUCCUAGCUCUAGCCAAAGAGAAGAAAGACAGAGUCCAACAAAUAAUCUUAGAGCGAAAAGAGUUCAGCACUUUCUUUGAUAUCACUCGUAAUGCACUGGAGGAGCUUCAGGAGCAGUUUGACAAUCUGGAGAAGCAGACUAUCAGUAUUAGAGAGGAGGAACUUGUCUUUCGUCUAAUCAAUGAAUACAGAAAUAUCAAUGAAAGUUUAUUCCAUAUUAGCCCCGCUGUGAGAGAACUUCAUGGCAAAAAUGAGGGGUUUCUCAGUCAGGGUCAGCAAUACAGAGUUGAAGAGACACUGCAGCUAGUCAGUCUGCACAAAACACUGAAAAGGAUGAAUGAUCAGAAAAUUCAACACUUAGAUGAUUGCUUGAAACCACUAGUUGAACACAACAGAAUAUCCAUCAAGUUGGACUCAGAGUUUAAGUCUGUGAAAGAGGAGCUUGUCAGACUUAAGUCAGAUACAGAACUAGGUGCCAUGGAUAAUAUUACAAGUCUUUAUUCGCUGCUUGAACGUCUGGAUUGUGUGAGCUCUCAGGCUGAAGAAUGUAACCAACAAACUAAAGGCCUAGGUCUGAAGUUUGCCUUUCAGGAAACUACACUGCAGCUUGAAUCAUUGCAGUCUUUACGGUGUGAAGUGAAAUGUUUUGUUGAUGAAAGUGAAACGAAGGUCACAAAGAGUGAAGAUUUCACAAAAGAGACUGAGAAAAUGUUGGAAUGGCUGAGGACUAUCAAGGACAAAUUGGAGGAGCCUUUGACUCUUUCAGAGGUCAGAAUUGAGAGGGUUUAUGAGGAAGUGCGCAAACUGAAGAUUGUAGAAGAGGAAGUAAAAAGUAGAUAUAAGAUGGGAGAUGCCUUAGGUAGCAGAGAGAAGCAAAAGAAUCGUAGUAGGAAAAAAACGGUUCCUGCCCACAUAGAAGAUAAACUACAGGAGCUGAGAAAGCUGGGAGCUGAGGUUCAACAAGGAAUUAGCAAAAAACAGCUGGCUGUGGAUCAAGCAUUUUCCCUGGUCCAGAGGCACCACUUAUCUCUGCAGUCCAUGCAGAAAUGUCUGGACUCAGCUGCAGCUUUCCUCCAGAGGGCCAGGUUGGGGGUGGAUCUUGAGAACCAGACAGAUUGUGUGUGUGACCUGGAAGACAUUUCAGCCCAGGAAAAGAACUUCACAGCUGGCUUAGAGGAGCUGAGGACUUUGGACCCUCUGCUGGAGGAUUUUAUAGAAGCAAAAGCAAUGGGUGAACUGAGAGAAAAAGUUGAGGCAAUGCAGCUAAGAAACACAGAAGGCAAACAGCAACUGGGUGCUUACAGAGAGGUGCUACAGAGUUGUGCAGCUCUAUGGACAUCCUUCCAACAUGAGAAAGAGACACUAGUUAAACAGAUGAAUGACGCAGAGGUCAAGAUGGCCAUGUUCACUACAGCUAAAGCCAUUAGUGUCCAGCAGGCAGAGGAAAAGUGUCAGAGAUACAAGUCUCUGGUGGCUCAUGUCGACCUGCUAGAGCUGCCUCUAAAUGCUUUGAAAGAGAAUGCAACAGCGUUAGAGCAGAUCAUCUCUGAGUCCAGCAAAGCUGUUACCAGCCACUCUGCGUCGUCACUGUGGCAACGGUGGACCAGACUGCGCAGUGUGGCUCGAGCCCAGGAGAGGGCACUGGAGGACACUGCGAGGGAGUGGAGGAACUUCACGGACAAGAUGGAGAAGGUGCGCUCUGUGUCCCAAGACCUCCACAGUCGUGUCCCAGACAGCACAGUUGAGAAGGCUGCCACUAGGGCGGCGCUUCAGAGCCUCCUGGAGUACCAUGACUCCUUCAGCCUGGAGGUGGAGCGGGAGCAGUCCAUCCUCGCCCUGCUCGGGCAACACACUCGCAGCCUCAGAGGAGAGGAGGUGGAGGCAAUGGAGAAAAAGUCAGAGAAUGGAUAUGAAGAGACUCCUUGCCUACAAAUGAUCAGAAGCAUGCAGGAACAAUAUGAGAGCCUGGUGUUGCAGGUACGAGCCAGCAGGGCUCAGGUACAGCAGGAGUUGAGGGAGAGAGAGGAGGUUGAGAAGGAGCUGGGCUUGGUCAAGGGCUGGAUCCAAGAUACUCGUGGCUUAUUGCUGAGUCCCACUGCAGACCUGGAUUCACUGCUGCAAGAACUAGAGACUGCACAUGGUGAGGUCAUCAGCAGACGUCAGAGUGUUGAACGCAUGACAGAGUUGCAGCAGUCCAAGUACCAGGACCUCCAGGCUGGUCUGCCGUCUGAGCUCAGUAUGCAGCUGGCUGAGGUGGCUCUGGCUCUGGGGUCAGCUGAAGACCAGGUCCAGGCGAGAGAAAGGGAGGUUCAGCAGACCAGAGAUGUGAAAGAGGACUUUAGCGUCAGACUCCAGGACAUUGAGGCAAAGCUGAAGACUAUCGCUCUGAAACUGGAAGACAAGGGUGCUGACCUGGAGGAGGCCAAAGAAGAGACCAAAGCUCUUUGUGAAGAGUGUGAAUGCUGUGGUCGCUCUUUGGCAGAGUUAGGAGUAGCAGUGCAGGAGUUUGGGGAGCAGAACCCUCUGCUGUGUAAGCAGCUGGGCGAUGCUGUGGCCAAACUGACAGAGGUGCUGCGGCACACCAUGCAGCAGGUCCAGGACAGAGCCAACAGACUGAAGAAGGCAGAGAGACAGGUGGAGGAAUAUCGGGGUAUGAAGGCGUUCAUUUUGGGUUGGACAGAGAAGGCAGAAGCUCUGGUCACUGGUAGUAUCAUCUGGGGCUCUGCGUCCCAGCUGCAGGAGCAAAUUCGAGCACACCAGGCAUUGCUGCGGGAGUGUCGGGGUCUCCAUGGUGACUUGGAGGCCAUGGGGGAGAGGGAGGGGCAGCUGGGGGAGGUGUUGCAGACGGAGGGGUGGAUCCAGCAGGUGAAACACCUCAGCAGACGCACAGAGGAGCUGCAGCAAACUGCCAAGACUCGCCUCCAGGGUCUGCAGGAUGCAGCUAAGGACAUGUUGCGUUUGGAGGCAGAGGUGAAGAUCCUCCAUGCUGCUGUAGACCAGAUCCAGAUCACACUUGCCUCCCCAGACCUCAACAGGCUCAGCCUCAGAGAGCAGCUCACACAGAGACAGCGUCUGUUGGUGGAAAUGGAGGGCUUCAAGCAGCAGGUGGCGGCAGUACAGCAGUGUCAGAGCGCCCUCCGGCUACCAGAGGAGGUAGUGGCUAGCCUGCCUAUCUGCCGCACAGCUCAGACUCUGCAGCAAGAAGCCAGCCAACUGCAGCACACCACCAUCCAGCAGUGCAACAUCCUGCAGGAGGCUGUGGUGCAGUAUGAGCAGUAUGAACAGGAAGUGAAGAACCUCCAGAGAUUAAUAGAAGAGGCUCACCGCAUCAUUCAGGACCGGCCCGUCUCCACCAAUAACAUACAGGAACUUCAAGCUCAAAUACACCACCAUGAGGAGCUAGCCCAGAAGAUCCGUGGCUACCAGGAGCAGAUCGCCUCGCUCCACUCCAAGUGUAAGAUGCUGACAGUAAAAGCCAAACAUGCUACCAUGUUGCUGACGGUCAAUGAGGUGGAGGGCCUUUCAGACGGCAUGGACGAGCUGAGUGAUGAGGAGCUGCCUAGUUCUGUGACAACCACCAAUGGUGCCACAAACAAGCAGCUUCCAGCACACCCCUCUGUCGUCAUGAUGACAGCCGGUCGCUGCCACACACUCCUCUCCCCUGUGACGGAGGAGUCAGGGGAGGAGGGCACCAACAGCGAGGUCUCCUCUCCCCCUGCCUGCCGCUCCCCCUCCCCGGGGGCUAACGCUGAUGCUCCUCUUAACCAGAGUCGAGGUGCCUUAAGCCGAGCGCCCCUCCAGGAGCUGUACGAUCCGUCUAUGGAGACCAGUGCUGCUAACCUGGAUGACCUGCAGAGAUCCUGGGAAACACUCAAGAACGUGAUCAGCGAGAAGCAGAAGAGUCUGUACGAGGCUCUGGAGCGGCAGCAACACUAUCAGGAGUCCCUCCAGUCCAUUUCCACUAAGAUGGAGUCCAUCGAGGCAGCACUCAAUGAGGGCCUGGAGCCUAACAAGAGCCCAGAGAGCCAGAUGGCUGCACACCAGGCUCUGAUGGAUGAGAUCCUGAUGCUGCAGGAUGAGAUUGGUGAGUUACAGACGUGUUUCUCUGAGGAGCUGGCAGACAGCGACAGCGAUGGGGAACCUGGUGACCAACUGGCUCUCCAGUCCACUCUCACUGUGCUGGGAGAGAGGAUGGCCACCAUUCGAAUGAAGGCUUCUGGGAAACGGCAGCUGCUGGAGGAGAAACUAAGUGAACAGCUAGAAGAGCAGCGUCAGGAACAGGCUCUGCAGCGUUACCACAGUGAAGCCGAGGAGCUCGAUCAUUGGUUGCUUAGCACUCGUGCAACUCUAAGCUCUGCCCUUCAGCCCCAAAACGAGGACUUGGACAUGGAGGAGCAACUGAUCGACUGUCAGAACAUGCUGUUUGAGAUCGAGCAGAAGGUGUCGUAUCUGUCUGAGCUGUCUGUCCACAGCGAAAGCUUGCUGUUGGAGGGUCGAGCCGAAACCAAGGGAGAGGCGGAGCAACUCACCUUCAAACUGCACUCCCUCAAAGACAGCCUGACGGAGCUGCAGCAGAUGCUUCAGGACAAACAAAUUGGCAUACAGGGUUCAUUGCAGGAGCAGGAGGACAGUGAGCCAGACUCAUCUCUGUCCCAGAGUCCUAAUGUCCAGGAUUGGCUUUCCCAGGCCAGAUCCACACGCACACAACAACACCACGACAACCUUCUUCGACAGAGGGAGCUGCAAGAGCAAGUAGCCGAACAGAGGAGGCUGCUCCAGUCUGUAGCCAGUGUUGGAGAGGAGUUACUCAGCCAACAGACCACACCCAAUGGGGACAGUGAGGUGUCCAUCCCAGGAGGAGUGUUGCUGGAGUCUGAGAGCUUGUCUCUUUUGGACCAGAUUAGACAGCGCUGGGAAAACCUGAAUAAAGAUCAGAGCACGAAGCUGCAGCUCUCCCUCAGCUCCCUGGAACAGGACCAGCUUAGCCCGGUCCUCCACCUUUCCCGUCUGUCCAGCCCCAGUGUGGUGUUUAGAGGCGUGUCUGCUAGCCAGGACUCUUGCUCUCCCAGAGCUUUGUUUGAAGGCUGCAGUCAGACUCUGGAAAGAAUUGCCCAUGAGACGGCAGGUGGUGACAGUAAAAUGAUAGUGUCUUUAGGAGAGACAACAGUCCAGCAGGAACUGUAUGCUGCAGUUUCAGCAGCCUCCUCCUGGUUGGAUGCUGCUGAGAAUCAGCUUCUCUCUGGUCCUGUGCUGCUGUCUGAAGAUACAGAGACACAACUUACAAAUCUAGAGGGUCUGAAUAAACAGCUGAAGGCGAUGACCAGGGAGGUAAACCAGUGCAGAGACCUUCUGGUUGGAGGAGCGGGCCGACUGUGUGGAGGAGAGGAGCAAGCCCUGAUGGAGGACACACUAGAGGGCCUGCAGGAGAGGAUGGGGCUGCUGGACUCCACCCUGGACCAACACUGUUACUCCAUGAGGGACAGGCUGCAGGAACACUCAACCUUCCAGAAUGAACUGAGGAUGCUGUUCACAGCUCUGAGUGAAAAUAAACACCUGUUGCUACAGAAGAUGGCUGUAACUAUGGAUAGACCUGCAUCCAAACAGAUAGAGACAUUAUCAGAGGUGGAGGACAGUCUGAGAGAGUUUGAGCAGAGAGUGACUGAGCUGAAGACCAGAGCAGAGGGACUCCAAUCUGACCAGAUCUCCAACCAGGAACUUCUCAAACUACAAGAUGCAUAUGAGGAGCUGGUACUGAUGGUGGGCUCCAGACGUAGCAGCCUGAACCACGGCUUGUCUCUCAAGGCUCAGUAUGAAGCUGCACUUCAUGACCUCACAGACCUGGUGGACACCGCCCAGGACAAGAUGGCUGCCGAUCAGAAGAUGACUGUGGCUUCUGUCAUAGAGGUCCAGAUGUUACUGGACAAACACAAAGAGUUUUUCCAGGGUCUGGAAUGCCAUAUGAUCCUUACCCAGACAUUCUACAGUAAAGUGUCUGGCCUGAUUGCGCAGAGGGAAAACCAAGCCCUUGAGGAAACCAUGGCUUUAGCCCACAGUGUGCUCAAACAGGCCCACAGGAGGGGAGUGGAGCUGGAGGGCAUACUAGAGUCAUGGAGCAGGCUUGUAGAAGACUACCAGGCUCUGUGUAGACAGCUGGAGGCUGUGGAGUGUAGCAUCCCCACUGUAGGCCUGGUAGAAGAGACAGAGGAAAGACUUGUUGAAAGGAUCGGCCUCUUCCAGCGUCUGAAGGCCAGCCUGACGGAGCAUCAGCCCCAGCUCUAUCAGGUCCUGGAGGAGGGCAAGAGACUUCUUCUGUCUGUUGGCUGUUCAGACUUGGAGAACCAGCUCACCCAGCUGGGAGAACACUGGCUCUCCUCCACCACCAAGGUCAACAAGGAGCUGCACCGCCUCGAUUCCACGCAAAAACACUGGAGCAGAUACCAGAGUGAGUCAGCAGAGUUGAGCCACUGGUUACAGUCAGCUCUGGACCAGCUAGAGUUCUGGACAACCCAGUCAGUGACAGUGCCUCAGGAGCUAGAGACCGUCAGAGACCACCUCUAUGCCUUCCUGGAGUUUUCCAAAGAGGUGGAUGCUAAGUCGUCUUUGCGCUCAUCUGUGCUGAGUACAGGCAACCAGCUUCUGCGAUUGAAACGAGUAGAUACAGCUGGUCUCAGGACGGCGCUGGGCCAAAUCGACACUCAGUGGGCUGAGCUGUUGACUCGUAUUCCUGUAGUACAAGAGAAGCUACACCAGUUGCAGAUGGAGAAACUGGCAUCCCGGCACGCCAUCACAGAGCUGAUGAGCUGGAUUUCUCUCAUGGAGAACAUCAUAAAGGAGGACCAGGACAAAAUCAUGGGAGCUGUAGGCUCAGAGGUGGUCCAGGACUUCUUGCAGAAGUAUAAGGGUUUCCGCAUAGAUCUGACCUGUAAGCAGUUGACUGUGGACUUUGUAAACCAGUCAGUGCUGCAGAUCAGCAGUCAGGAUGUGGAGGGAAAGCGCAGUGACAAAACAGACUUUGCUGAGAAGCUGGGAGCUAUGAACAGACGGUGGCAGAUACUACAGGGGCUCAUUGCUGAAAAGAUUCAGCUUUUGGAAGGACUUUUGGAAGGUUGCAUGGAGCAUGAAAAUGGAGUUCAGGCCUUGAAAACUUGGCUCACUCUACAGGAGGAGAAACUGAAGAAGAGACAUAGGAUAGAGGAUGUAGCAUCGGUGCAGAAUGCACUUAAAGACUGUCAGGAGUUGGAGGACUUAGUGAAGGAAAAAGAGAAGGAUCUAGAGAAAGCAGAGGAACGAGGAAACACUCUUAUCCAGGAUAAGAAAGGAGCAGCCUGCUCUGUUGUCAAGGAGACCCUCAAAGGACUGAACCAAUCCUGGGCUCAUUUGGAACACAUGAUAAGUCAGAUGAAGGUAAGCCUGCGGUCGGUACUGGAGCAGUGGACGCUGUACCGGCGAGCUUCAGAGGAAAUUAAUGGUUACCUGAUGGAAGGGAGGUACUCUGUAUCCAGGCUGCGCCUCCUUAAUGGGUCUCUAGAGGCAGUACAGCAGCAGGUGGAGAGUCUGGAGAACCUGCAGGAGGAGAUGGAUAAACAGGAGAGCAGCCUGAGGAAGUUUGGCUCUGUAACACACCAGCUACUGACAGAGUGCCACCCAUCUGUGGCUGAAACACUCAACACAGCCCUCCGGGACGUCAACAUUAGGUGGAACAGUCUACUAGAGCAGAUCUCAGAGCAGCUGAAGAGCAGUAAAGCCCUGCUGGGGUUGUGGCAGCACUACAGGUCAUUGUGCGGCCAGUGCGUGUCAGCAGUUCAGAAACAGGAAGAACGUGCUGAUCGCCUGCUAAAGAGCGCCACCGACAGGGAGAUCACAGAGGAGGAGAGCAGUGCCUGGAUAAUGGACUGCAAUGCGUGCCUUGGUGACCAGACCUCAGUGCAGCAGUCCCUUCAGCAGCUGCAGGCUUUAGGGGAACAGCUGAAGAGCCAAGUUGCCGCCUCCUCCUUGGCAGCCCUACAGUCCGACCACCUGUCACUCACACAUCGCCUAGCAACACUGGAACACGGCCUACACAGGCAGCAGGAAGUACUGCAGUCUGGAUCUCAGGCCUGUGAGGGUUUCAGAGAGCAGUUGGACAUACUGAUCCGUAAGGCUGAGGAGGCUGAGGAGGUGCUGAAGGAGUCUGACCCAGUCGGCUCUCCAGAGCUCACUGUGGUCCAGACACAUAUGGAAAAACUGAAGGUUCACCUGUUGAAGCUGAGCAGUCUGUCUCCAGACCUGGAACGUGUUAACGAGUUGGUGUACAGACUGCCAGUCAGUGACAGAGAUGUUAAACGGCUGCAAAGUCUCAACAGAGCGUGGACCACUCACUCCGCUCACCUCACUGAGAGGUUCAGUAAACUGCAGGCAGUGUUGCUCCAGCAGCAGAGUUUCCUCCAGAAGUGUGAGGCGUGGAUGGACUUCCUGUCUCAGACUGAACAGAAGCUGGGUGCUGAGAUCUCUGGAAACUACCAGAGUCUGCUGGAGCAGCAGAGAGACCAUGAGUUGUUCCAGGCAGAGAUGUUCAGCAGGCAACAGAUUCUCUACUCCAUCAUCAAUGAUGGCCAUCAUAUGUUAGACCAGGGACAAGUUGAUGACAGAGAUGACUUCAGUGUAAAGCUGGCCUUGCUAAGCAAUCAGUGGCAGGGUGUAGUGAGGCGGGCCCAACAGCGAAGGGGCAUAAUUGAUAGUUUGGUCCGCCAGUGGCAGAACUACCGGGAGAUGGCAGAGAAGCUGCUACAGUGGCUUCAAGAAGUGACCCGUGAUCCAGAUGUACAUCAGCCAGGAGAACCAGUCGCCCUGCAGCAGGCCAGAAACCUGUUAGAUCAGAUACUGACUCCCGUAGUAAACCUGUACCCCCUCUGCCCACUGUCCCUGUCUCUGCUCCUCCAGCUGAGGGAGCGAGUUCUGCAGAGGCAGCAGGGAGGCUACAUUCUGACGGUGGAGGCCGGCAGGAGCCUGCUGCAGUCAGCCGACGCCAGGGCCGAGUCCACCCUUCAGACAGAGCUGAUGGACAUUCAGGAGAGGUGGAGGCACGCCCACCACCGCCUGGACCAGCAGAGGAGGGAGCUGCAUGGCUUGCUCAAGAACUGGGAGCGAUGUGAGAAGGGCAUAAAUGCGUCACUGGAGAAACUAAGGUCCUUCAAGAGGAAGCUGUCCGUGCCACUGCCUGAUCACCACGAGGAGCUGCACUCGGAGCAAAUCAGAUGCAAGGAGUUGGAGAGCAGUGUGGAGGGCUGGACCGAUGACCUCACUUCCUUGUUCCUGCUGAGGGACUCCUUGGAGGGUGUGGUCAGUGCAGAUGACAUCACAGUCCUACAGGAACGCCUCCAGCUGCUACAGCGCCAGUGGGGGGAGGUCUGCCACCAGCUUUCCCUGCGCAGGCAGCAGGUGAGCGAGAAGUUGAAUGAGUGGGCAGUGUUCAAUGAGAAGAACAAGGAGCUAUGUGAGUGGCUCACACAGAUGGAGAGCAAGGUCUCUCAGAAUGGAGACAUCAGCAUUGAGGAGAUGAUCGAAAAGCUGCGCAAGGACUACCAGGAGGAGAUCAGUGUAGCUCAGGAGAACAAGCAACAGCUGCAGGUUAUGGGCGAGCGCCUGGCCAGGUCCAGCCAAGACAGCAAGGCGGCCGAGAUCCAACACAAACUCAGCAAAGUCAGCGAGCGCUGGCAACACCUGCUGGACCUCAUCGCUGCCAGGGUGAAGAAGUUGAGGGAGACCCUGGUGGCGGUGCAGCAGUUAGAUAAAAACAUGAGCAGCCUGCGUUCAUGGCUGGCUCACAUCGAGACAGAUUUGUCCAGGCCCAUCGUCUAUGAAACCUGCGACGACCUGGAGAUUCAGAGGAAACUCAACCAGCAACAGGAGCUGCAGAGGGACAUAGAGAAACACAGCACAGGUGUGGCAUCAGUGUUGAACCUGUGUGAAGUCCUGCUCCACGACUGUGACGCCUGCUCCACAGAGACAGAGUGUGACUCCAUCCAGCAGGCCACCAGAGGGCUGGACAGACGCUGGAGGAACAUCUGUGCAAUGUCCAUGGAGAGGAGGCUCAAGAUUGAAGAGACGUGGCGGUUGUGGCAGAGGUUUCUGGAUGAUUACUCCAGGUUUGAGGAUUGGCUGAAGACCUCAGAAAGAACAGCAGCUCUGCCUAACUCCUCUGGAGUUCUGUAUACUGUCGCUAAAGAAGAGCUUAAAAAGUUUGACGCCUUCCAGCGUCAGGUGCAGGAGUGCCUGACCCAGCUGGAGCUCAUCAACAAACAGUACCGUCGCCUGGCCCGGGAGAACCGCACCGACUCCUCCUGCCGACUCAGGGAAAUGGUGCAUGAUGGGAACAGGCGAUGGGAUAACCUGCAGAAGAGAGUAGCCGCCAUCCUACGCAGGCUCAAGCACUUCAUCAGCCAGAGGGAGGAGUUUGAGACGGCACGAGACAGCAUCCUGGUGUGGCUGACGGAGAUGGACCUCCAGCUGACCAACAUAGAGCACUUCUCUGAGUGUGACGUACAGGCCAAGAUAAAACAGCUCAAGGCAUUUCAGCAGGAGAUCUAUCUGAACACAGGGAAGAUUGACCUGGUGUUCAGACAAGGUGAAGCUCUGAUUGAGAAGAGUGAACCUCUGGACGCAGCCGUCAUCGAGGAAGAGCUGGAGGAGCUGCAGAGAUACUGCCAGGAGGUCUUCGGACGAGUCGACAGAUACUACAAGAAACUCACACGACUGCCUCUCGCCGAUGAUGACCUCGACUGUUCAGACAGAGAGCUGGACAUGGAGGAAGGUGGCGAGCUCUCUGAGCUGCAGUGGGGCGACUCCUCUUUGCCCCGGACAUCAAGCCGUCAAGCCUCGGGUACGACCGCCCUCAUUAGGGCAGACCGCUCAGGACGUGACACCCCUGCCAGCAUGGACUCCAUCCCGUUAGAGUGGGACCACGACUACGACCUGAGCAGAGGUCUGGACAGCCCUGGAGGACGAGGCCAUGGGGAAAGGAGCCAAGGACAAGAGGAGGAGGAUGAGUAUUUGAGGACGGCUGUCACAGUGCUUUCAGAUGUAGUUAUCCCAGAAAGCCCAGAGGCCUAUAUAACACUGACCGAGAACACAUUGAAAUCAUCCUCUGGUGAGCCGGACCAGCUGGAGGCCAGUCUUAGACAGUUGGAUCAGGCUCUGGAUGCAGGGCGAUACCACCUCCAGCAGAGAGAGGCCACCGCCAACAGCUCCAGCCCCGACAUCGACUCCACAUACAUGGGCUAUAUGCGUCUGAUGGGAGAGUGUCGAGGCAGUAUAGACGCAGUGAGGAGAGCAGAGGGAGAGCUGACAGAAGACGAGGAUGACGUGCCGGGACUCACCAACCCCACUAGCACAGACACUCAGAGUCCAGGUGUGAUUGAGCGCUGGGAGCUGAUCCAGGCUCAGUCUCUGAGUGAGAAGCACAGGCACAAGCAGGACCUGCAGCAAUGGCAGCAGCUGAUCUCAGACCUGCAGACCAUGAGGGCCUGGUUGGGUCAGUCUGAGGCUGAACUCAAUCAGCUGCGAGAGCUCGAUCUCAGCACUGACAUACACACCAUCCAGCAGAGAAUCAAGAAGCUCAAGGAGCUGCUGAAGGGGGUGGAUGCCCACAAGUCAGAGGUCUUGUCCAUCAAUCUGAGCAGUGCAGACUUCCUCCAAUCAGAGCCUGACUCUGAGGAGGCGUGGGAGUUGAGGGACAGGCUGAAAGAGAUGAAUGCAUGCUGGGAUUGGCUCAGUACCUCCCUGGAGGACUGGAGGGAAGAGCUACAAAGGGCGCUGAUGCAGUGCCAGGAGUUCCAUGAGAUGAGCCACGGUCUGCUGCUGUGGCUGGAGAACAUCGACCGCAGGAGGAACGAGGUGGUGCCCAUCCCUCCCAAACUGGAUCGUGAUACAUUAAGAGCUCAUCACAAAACACUGACGCAAAUCAAGCGUGAGCUUCUGGACUCGCAGCAGAAGGUGUCAUCUCUUCAGGAGCUGUCGGCUCAGCUGCUUGUUAACACUAAACCUCAGACUCUGCUGCUGCAGUCGCAGGCCUCGGAGCAGAUCCAGGCUCAGGGCAGCGCGUGUCUGGAGGCCCAGGAGAAGGUGCAUGUGAUCUUGAACAGGCUGAGGCUGCUCCUCAGGGAGGUCAGCUCAGACCUGGAGGGGUUGGAGAGGAGGCUGGAGACCACGGACACACCGCAGGAUUGCUUACCGUUUCCUGUUAGCAAAUCAGAAAUCUGUGGAUCAGCUGGUCCUGAGUCAGAGGUGACUGUCCAAAGUCACAAACGAUUGCCCCGAGGCAAAAGUAGUCAGGCCCACCCAGGACACCCUGAGAGCGGCCCGCGCCACAGCCGGAGCAGAUCUCCAGGCGCCGCUGGCUGCGUUUCCUCCCGUUCUGACCUUCCAGACAGCUACUCCUCGCUGACCUCCUCCUCCUCAAAAGGCCCGUCCUUCCUGCUGCGGGUCCUCAGGGCUGCGCUUCCCGUCCAGCUGCUCCUCCUGCUCCUCAUUGGCCUGGCCUGCCUGGUGCCCAUGACCGAGAAGGACUACAGCUGCCACCACGCCAACAACUUCGCCCGCUCCUUCCAUCCAAUGCUGCGCUACACCAAUGGACCACCGCCCAUAUGAGAAGUCGCUGAAGAUCUACCUACUGCUUUGCCAAGGACUCCACUGAAUGUUUCCUCUUCACCCCGUGCUCUAAAGCAACACACUGUUCCCGUGCUCGGGAGCAAACAUGCAUUAUGAAGUGAUUCAGAGGUGAUAUGAAGACUCCUCUGACGAACAUUGCACACCCACUCUCCUGAACUCACCUCAACCCUUUAAACCCACUCUCCAGAAUAAAUGGACCAUCAUCUGGAGACCCCUCUCUCCCCCAAUUUAAAUAUUCCAUCUUGUUUUAACUUAAAUAUGUAUUAUUUUUUAAGGUUCCUAAAGAAACCUGAGAAUUCAAUGAAAACAAAGCACUAUUUAUAUACUGUAUGUUGGGAGCCAAAGUCGACCGUGCUUUCUGUCCAUGAUAUCCAGUGCUGCUACUAUUUAUUUAGCGUUCAAUCAGUUAGAUUGUUAGUAUUGGUGAAGCUAAAGCACCACCUUGAGUGUGGGAUAUUGUACCUGUAAAUUGUACAGUAGACUUGCAGUUUGAGUAGCAAUCAUUCACAGUCUCAGAAGCAAAAGACACAUCUGAAGAAUAACUCUGACAUAAAGACCGAAACAGCACAGAAAUCAGCUCAACAGGAGUUCUUUCUGAAGGAUGAACAUAAUGUGUUCUGCUUGACACAUUUCAGAAGAACAUGCUUGAAUUUGGAAAAAAGUCUUCAUAUGACGUUAAAGCUAAAACCUGAAUCUAUAGCACUGACAUGAGCACUGUUGAAAGGUACUGCACUGAAACCGUCCAGCAAAGAUGGCCGACUUCUUUCCCCAAAAGCCAUUUCUGUUUUUAAUUUCAGUAUUUAAUCAACUGGGUAAAUUAUAAAAAAAAAAAAAAAGAUUUGACCUCUCAACUGAUUUGUAUAUUUUUGUUGAAAUGCCUUUGAAUACAGGCAGUUAUUUUUUUAACUUUCUGAUUGAGCAUGCAAUUGAAAGUCCCCUGCUUUUAAGAAAGCCAAAUAAUCACUAGUAGUGUUUUAGUGGACGGCUGCAACAUGAAAUAGUGAGCUUUGUAAUACCUGCGAUAAUUAUUCUGCUGUGAUGAGACAUCGGAAUCCCUGCGUUGUUAAAACAGAAUCUGUAAAAAAAA